UCAGCCGGGAGGGGCGCGGCGCCGCUGCGGCAGUGAACACAACGUCAAAGGCUGACGUACCGUGCCGGCCGCCGGCGCCGAGGGAGAGCGAGAGCGAGCGGCGAGCGCGAGGAGCCCGGCCACCGCCAUGGCGCGCUGCUGCUGCUGCUUCGGCCUGCGCACGGGCACCAUCCUGAUCGGCGUCAUCUUCCUGCUUGUUGACCUGGCCGCGCUCGUGUGGUCGGUGCUCAACGCGGUCAAGCACGACUUCCGGCUAUGGCCGCGCGACGUGCUUGAUCACUUCACACCAAAAACGCUCGAGAUCGCGACGUGGGUGACGCUGGCAGUGUCCGCCUUCAGCGUGCUCUGCGACCUGUUGCUCAUCUUCGCGGCGGCGCGCCGCACGCGCUGCGGCCAGAUCUGCUGGCUGCUGUGGAACGGCCUGCUCCUGACGUUGUUGACGCUGGCGCUGCUGGUUGGGCUCGGCAUCUCCAUCUGGCUGCUGGUCGACAAGUCAGCCGCCGAAAAGCUGGGCAUAGACGAUGACAUCUUCACCAAGCUGACCCGCCAGAUAACCAUGACCGAGGAAGAGCGCGAGAAGCAGCGGCGCUACCUGUACAUCAGUCUCAUAGUGGGCCACGUGGUCGGACUCAUCAUCAUGUCCAUCGUGUGGGGCUGGUACGGAGCUGUCGACCGCAACCAGCGUCGGCUGCGGCACACCACCGUCAUCGUGAAGACCCAGCACGUGCACACCAGCCGACUGUAGGCCGCGCGAAGCGGCCGCGCGAUUCGACGGCGAGCGCGCCGCCUCGCGAGGCGAGGCGAGGCGAGGCGCCACAGGCGAGCGGCCGCGCCGCUGCAGGCCGACGCUGGGGACCGAGCGGCGGGCGGCGGAGCCCGUUGUCCGCCGCGCCGCGCCGCGCCAUCGGUCAGUGCGCGGAUCAAAGUGUGGACGGCCGGAAUGGACGCGGCGAAGUGGUGCGCGGCGCGUGGUUUGGUGCCAAAUGGACUCGUCUGUGUGCGUUAGUGCUGCGGAAUGUAACAGAUCACUCUGGAUGGCUUGUAGCUCGACGCUGUAAUUGUUUGGCAAGGAGCUUUACCACAGUAAAUAAGAAGCGAACCUU